UCGCUUAAUGGUGUCAUGAGACUUCAUCAUGUCCUGACUCCUGAUGUCCUGUAUGUGCAUUGUGCAAACGUUUUGUGAAGUUUUGGAAUACAGGACUCGAGUGAUAAAACUUGUUUAAAAAUGGGUUCGAGUAAACGUCACAAGGCUGAUAAAAAUCGAGAACCGAAGAAAAAGAGGCAUCGUAGUAGGUCGCGUUCAGCUUCUGUUGAACGAGAAAAAGAAAGACACAGGCAUCAUAAGAAACACAAAAGGAAAGAACGCAAGGUUUACGAUAGCGAUAUCGAAAUUGUUAGCGCGCCCCCACCGCCAAAGAUUUCAAAAUCAGGACACUUACCAACGCCUCCGCCUCCGGAGAUAUCAACAGAGAGAAGCUCUUCUCCAAAGAGUGGAGGUUCACAAUUAUCACUGUCUAUCGAAGAAACAAAUAGAUUGAGGGCAAAACUUGGCUUGGCUCCCUUGGAUCUUCCCACUGCACCGAAAGAAGAUUCUAAUGUAUUCAAGGAUGAUUUAGGAGAGUUUCACCACAAACCUGCCCCUAACAAGCGGAAAGAAGCCCAAGAACAAAAAUUAAGAGAGAAAAUCAGUACUCUAAAAGAUAAGAGGAAAAUAGAAACUAGUAUAUUAAGAUCAAAGACAUUAGGCGAGAGUGAUUCAGACGACGAUGCCAGGGCUUGGAUCCAAAAAAAUAGGCGGUUGCAGAUGGAGAAGAAAAAAGCAGAAGAAAGGGCAAAGAUGCUGGACCAGCUGGAUGAAGAGUUUGGCAUUGGCAAUUUGGUCAAGGAAGAAGUUCAACAUGAAAGAUAUAAAGCGUACAGCGCGAGAGAUUUGAAAGGCCUGAGAGUUGAGCAUGACAUGGAAAAUUUCCAAGAAGGAAGAACUACGAUCUUAACGUUGAAAGACCAAGGCGUCCUGGAUGAGGAAGACGAUGUUCUCGUAAACGUGAACAUGUUGGAUGAUGAACGUUACAAGCGUAGCGUUAUCAAUAAAAAGAAAAAGCCCGGAUACGACGCUUACGAUGAAAGCAACUUCGACGAGUUUGGCGUUCCUGUAAAGAAAGUAUUAGAAAAAUAUGACGAGGAAAUCGAGGGUCAGAAGAGAGAAAGCUUUUCACUAGGCCUUGAAAACGUCAAAGAGAUGAAGGAACGCCAAGUGGAAUUAGUUAAACAGCGUUUAGCCAAUAAGAGGCUAGAAUCUCUGAAACUUGCAGAGCCAAAACUGGCUAGUGAAUAUUACAGCGAAGAGGAGCUGACUAAGUUUAAAAAGCCAAAGAAGAAGAUUCGAAAAAUUAGAUCAAAGAAACCUCUAAAAGCAGAUGAUAUCGUGCCCGAGGGUAACGAUUAUUUGAAAGAUCUAGGAAGUCGUCGUCAUCGUAGAACUGAGGUCAAGCCUAAAGUUGAUGUGAGGGACAUUGACGAUUAUGAAGCGCCAUCAGAAGACCUAACCGGAAUAAGGCUUGAAGAAGAGGACAAGGAAUUGGAUCUAAAGCUGGCCUUGAAAAGAGCCAGUCGUUUAAGGGGACCAAAAUCUGAUGACAUGGAAGAAUUCGCAGCGGGUAUAAAACUACAAGAUGAAGGAGAAAGUAGCCAAGCUGGAAACAUCGUCUUGAAUUCGACUGCUGAAUUUUGCAGAACCCUGGGCGAUAUUCCAACAUACGGUCUUGCUGGAAACAGGGAGGAAAAUGUCCAGGAAUUAAUGGACUUUAAAAAAGAAGAGGCUGAAGAUGAGAAUAUGGGUGAGGAUGAUGACGAUGGUCGUGGAGCUUGGAACACCGUCAAAGCUGAAGAUAUAAUCAUAGAGCCCGCAGCUUUAGAAGCCCCGAUUUUAGAUGCGGAGCCUUCUCUCGGUCAAGGAGUUGGUGGAGCUCUGAGAUUAGCGAUUAGCAAAGGAUAUUUACAAAAAGAAGACUCAAAUCGUCCCUCCGCUUCUCGAUUUGCGCAUCUGCAAGCUCAAAAUUAUUCUAUUGAAGAUAAAACUUACGGGGACGAUGACAAGUUUGGAAGGAGGGAUAGAUUUAAUGGCCCAACUUCCGAAUUUAAAGAGAAGGACAAUUUUAAGCCUAAUGUGAAAUUGGAAUAUAUCGAUGACGAUGGCCACGUUCUGAAAGAGAAGGAAGCCUUCAGAUAUCUUUCUCACAAAUUCCAUGGAAAGGGACCAGGAAAGAAUAAGGUUGAGAAACGAAUGCAGAAAACGGUGACAGAAGGACUUAUGAAAACAAUGCCAUCAACGGACACUCCUUUGGGAACUCUGAAUUUGCUACAAGCCAAACAAAGGGAAACGCAGUCACCUUACGUCGUUUUAAGUGGCAGCAAACAAAUGCAGUCGGCUAAUAUAUCAAAGACCAAACACUGAGGUCUGAGGAUGAUCAAUAUUAUAUUGAAGUUGUACAUACCCUUCAAUCGAAAUUAUUAACUAGAAAUGAGUAAUUAAUUACAGCUGCAAAAUCC